AUGCAAGCAGCGGCCAAGAUGACGGUCCAACAGUGGUGCGCCGGGCGGCCAAGAGUGGACCUUCCUUCACCUUAUCGAAGCUUUGAUCCGGCUCCAGAGCCGCGGCGGGGCGGGGGAGCUGGAGAGAUGGGGAGGACACGACUGAAUCCGAGUGUAACGCUGUCAUGGAUGACGGGGCUGCUCAAGCAGGAAACCAGCUCGUAA